CAGAGUGCCUCUGUUUGUCUCAGGGUAAUCAUUCACAUGGUGUCUCAGUGUCAUGAGGAGGAACUGGAGCACUACUUGCGCUCGUUUCUGAAGUACGUGUUUCGGAUCAACAACGCAACUUCAGAAAACUCUUUGACGACACAUGAAGUUUUGGCUACAGCAGUGACUGUCAUCCUCAAACAAACUGCAGACUUCAACACCUGCAACAAACUCCUCAAGUAUUCCUGGUUCUUCUUUGAGACCAUUGCAAAGUCAAUGGCACAAUACCUCCAGGAUGGUAACAGAAUGAAAAUGCCGCGAGCCCAGAGGUUUCCAGAAUCAUUCCACCAAGCACUGCAGUCCUUGUUGUUGGCGAUCAUGCCUCACAUCACUAUGCGCUACGUGGACGUCCCAGUGGAGGCCCGCUCCGUCAACUUUAGCUUGGCCUGCUUCAUCAAGGUCAGGCCUAGAGCUGUAGUAUUUUAGUAUG